AUGGGAAUUCAAAUAAAAACAAGCGGAAAUGCACGUUCAAAAGCUGGAGCCCCAAAUAAUGACACUUCUUCAGAGAUUAGCAGCUCCCCAGGGACCAAGACUCCUAAUCUGGUUGCUAGGCUCAUGGGUCUUGAUCUUCUCCCUGAAAGCCGUUCACCAUCUUUUUCAUCAGCACCAAAUUUUCAAGCUAAGUCUAGUUUAAAUCACCACAUUCAACCCCUCAAGCCUCUCCAAAGCAAAAUAACUGGUCAUAGAAAAUCAUUGGAUGGUGAUAUCAGGGGCACUCGCUCAUUGCCAGAAACUCCAAGAAUAUCGUCUGCAAGAAGGUCAGACGUGGAUCAUCACCAUCGCCUUUCGCUUCAACUCAACAAGGAGAACAUGAGCGCUAGUGAAGAGUUGGUCAUUUCUCGUCUCUCAUCAUUGAAAAGGAAAGAGCUCAAACAUGAAGAUGAGAACAGAAGCCCCGGUCAGUACGCUAGGCAGAUAGUGAAGCAGGUUAAAGAAAGUGUUGGCAGGAAAGUUGGUAUGGACAUAACCAACACAGUUCGAAACAGAGAGCAAGCCAGAGAAGAGCUUCUUAGCCAAUUCAAAUAUAAGAAAAUUUCCAGGGUUUUAACCAAAGUUGCAGAUGAUUCAAGCCCCGGCAAGCACUCAACGCCUUCCUGUUCACCAAGGCUUAGAUUCUUGGAAUCCAAAAUCAAACCAGACAUAAAUUCAUCCACCAUAGAUCAUAAUCCUGAUCAGCCUCCAAAAUCAUCAUUUUCAUCAUCUCCUGAUAUCAAUAUCCAGCCUCAGCCCAUCAGAGUUUUACCAAAGCCCAAGUUGCAGCCUGUUGGAGAGGAACAAGAUGAGCAUCACAAUCAGCAGCAGCAGCUGCCAAGAGUCGCAAGUAAAUACAAGAAAGGGUCCAGUGUAAAGUUCGGCUUACGGCUUAAAAAGCCUCAACCAACAUCGGAUAUUAUUCGAAACAAGCAAGAAGAGCCUUUCGUUCGUCCUUCCACAGCCAACAGAGUUAACAUUCCUGACAAGAAAUGCAGGAAAACCCCGUUGUCAAAUCAUCUCCUCAACAUCUCGGUCCCUACCCUUCUUCCAGUAAAAAAAGAUCCUUCUCCUCCAGCCACAAAAAUCCCGGAAAAACAGGUCUUAGAUGCUCAAAGACCGAAACGUAGUUCACAGUUAUCUAGUUGUUCGAGCCAAACGUACAACAAACAUGAAGCGACUCACGUACACGUUGCUCAAGACGACAACAGCGGCGACAGAUGUAACGAUGCUACUACUUCCACUAGCACUACCACCACCGGUGAUGAAGCAGAAUAUGAGUACAUAGCUAGAAUACUAAGACGUACAGGCUUGGACAAAGAUACCCCAGUGUCCUUCACUUCCUGGUUCUCUCCUUCCCAUCCCCUUGACCCUUCUAUUUUUUACUACCUCGAACAUUUCACCAUUUGUUCCACUACCAUCCUCUCCUAUAAUACUAAUGAUAAAAAUAAUAAAACCAAGUCUUGUCAAUUGAGCCAUCGAUGCAAUAGAAAAUUGCUGUUUCAUCUGGUCGAUGAAAUUUUGAUUGAAAUUUUGAAGCCUUAUUUUAAUAUGAAGCCUUGGGUUGUUACAGUUGGGCAUGAAUAUUUUAGUCACAUGGAUGGGUCUCAGCUAUUAGACACAUUGUGCUCUAAAAUUAGAAGCUUUCCUCGAGCUGAUUGUCGUGUUCUUGAAGACAUUGAUGCAUUAAUUGACAAGGAUUUUCCAGAAAUGAAGCUCCAGAGUGUAAUGGCAUACAAGGAAGAAGGGGAAGGCAUUGUAGCAGAGAUAGAGAAGGACAUAUUGGAGGCGCUAGUACAUGAAACGGCUCUGGGUUUUGGUGUAGGAGUUUGAACGUUCAAAGGACCUCGUUUUAGAAUGAUGCGGCACCGUUAACUUUGGGAGACAGAGAAAAAUGGGCACAUGAGUGAUUCACGUGAUGGGAUGCUAUUCGCUUUUUGAUUGGUUCUUAAAACGCAGCAGUGACAGAGGAAUCCAUUCCUCAUUUUCUCUCUCUUUUCUUUUGUAUAUAGAUUUCAAUAAUGUAUCAUCCUUUUGUUUUUUUGGAAAAUGAUUAGUAGCAGUAGCAUAUUCUUUUUGGGUCCUUUAAAAAAGUUAGAAAAUUUUGGUUCUUCAAAGUUGAAGA